AUGCCGUCGAAUAGACGACUACACCCCCAACACCCAAAGGUGAAACUCACCACCAGAUUUCCACCUCCACUCACAUCUACCUUAGUCCUAAUCCGCGUCCACGCUGUCUCUCUCAACUGCCGAGGCGCCAACAUUGUGAAUAGCGGAAACCCAUGGUCAGUUAUACCCAACGUUAUUCUCUGUAAUGACGCAGCAGGCGAGGUAAUGACAGUAGGCGAGAAGGUGAAGACCCUAGUGGUCGAGGAUCGAGUGGCUUCGAUAACCGAUAGAGAACAAUACGGUCGAGUGCUAGGACGGUCCUCGCUGGCUGCAGGUGAGGGUGGUGUACUGGCCGACUAUCUAGUAUUUGAUGACGAGAAGAUGUCCAAGCUUCUGGAUUAUCUGGGCUGGGUUGGUGCUAGUUUGGUACCUUGUGCUGGAGUCACGGCAUGGACUGCGUUGAAAGAUGUCGGGGUUGGCAAAAGCCACGAAGAUGUCCUUGAACACGACUUGGGCGUCGGAGUCGAUCUGGUUAUUGAAGUCGGGGGUACCGGAUCAUUGGUAAAGAGCAUGAAAUGUACACAAUGCGGCGGGACGAUCAGCCAGGUUGGAUAUCUCGAUAAACAGGGACCCAGCCUAUUAGCAGAGCUGCUUCUCCUCGUUGUUGACAUAAUAUUAGUUUUACGCGGCAUCAAUGCCCUAUCAAAGCGUGAUAUGGACGAUUUUUGGACGGUCCUGUCAGCUACACAGAGACAGUUUGACGAUAUUAUAGACUUGAUAUGUUCGUUCGAUAUGGCUGACUGGGUUGGGAAGCUUUUCAUUCGUUUGUAAAUCAGAAUGCAGAACUACGUUCAGGAUAUAUUUACUGCAUUUGAUACAAGCUAGGAAUAUAGUUCGUAUUCACUCUUUAUCUAAUCUAUCUUUAUUAUACUUCUAGCUUUGCUUCGUUUCCAUUCUCUCGACCUAUCUUCUCCUCAAUUACCAUUACCUUCACUCGCAUCUACCAAGGGCUUGAAUCAUCUGAAAAAAAAAAAAAAAAAAAAAAA